UUUUUGCUGUCAAAUUCCACUCGACUACUGUGCGGAAUUAUUACCUUCCAUUGUGCCCGUUGCAAAAGUGCCGGCCGCAUAGUAAAUCCAGCAUUUGAAUUAUUGCAAACUUGUACAAAGUUCUCCCGGACAUUUGUUACUACUCAAGCAGUGAAAAUGGCCGAAGCAACUGGUCUGACGAACGAGGAGGCAGUGGAAUUAUGCAAACCCGCAGACCCGGCUACUAAGGAUUUUCUUUUCCAACAAACAAUGUAUCGCAUCAAAGAUCCACGUAAAUCGCUGCCUUUCUACACUGGUGUACUGGGCAUGUCAUUGCUGGUGAAAUUGGAUUUUCCGGAAGCCAAGUUUUCGCUCUACUUCAUGGGCUAUGAAAACCCCGAGAAAGUGCCGAAGGAUCCAUUGGAACGUAGGCGUUGGGCUAUGAGCCGCAAGGCAACUGUUGAAUUGACACACAAUUGGGGCACAGAGAAUGAUGAAAACCAGUCGUAUCACAAUGGUAAUUCUGAUCCACGCGGCUUCGGUCAUAUUGGUGUAAUGGUGCCGGAUGUUUAUGCGGCCUGCAAGCGUUUCGAGGAGCAUGGCGUUGAAUUUGUUAAGAAACCCGACGAUGGACGGAUGAAAGGAUUGGCGUUCAUCAAGGAUCCCGAUGGUUAUUGGAUUGAAAUUUUCAACGCCAACACUGUAUGCUAAAGCAAACCAGUAAAUUUAGAUAUUUCUUGGGAAUUCAGUUCUAAAAUGUUGAUUAAGUUUAAUUAUAUGCUUACAUGCCACAAGUUGUACAUAAAUAAAAUUUCAAAAUUUGUUAAAAAAAUAAAACAUAAAUAAUAUAGAAGCAGCGAGCAUUGAGA